CUAAUACACCGACUCUACUAGUGGCCUCAAGCUACUACAAGACUGCCAAGCAUCUUGUAUUGCAGCUGAACCUCGGCGUCGUAAGGUUUCGUGGUGCCGUUUGUUCAGUUGCCUCACAGCCGCCGUCAUGAUAAGGGUAUACGUUGAUCUGCACUCAAGGAGAGCACAUUCACUGAGGCCAUGAAUCCAUUCUCCAAUCUCACUCACUGGAGGUGGCAUAUUAAUGCAAACUUUGAUGAGUUUGAUGAUGGAAUCUGUCACAGGUAACCGCACCAGAGUUUUGUUUGAUCAUGUCAGGAUGGGGAUUUGUGGAGACAAGGUAAGAACAAUGGAAUGAUGGCAGCUGGGUUAAUGGGUUGGCAGCACGGCUCGCCCAUUUCAGGAGCUCAGCCUGUCCUUCACAAGAGCUGAGUGCGAAGUUAUGGUGAGAGAAUGUGAUUUGGUUUGUUGCAGGUUGUCGACAGGGGAAGGAUGGCGAUGGAUUGGGUGCAGUAGAAACGUCAUGGGCGAGUGCGAUCGACAGGGGUGACACGGUUGAGCCAGAAAGCCUGCGGUAAUGUUGAUUGAUGGUGUUGGUUACAGAGACGUGACCUUACCUCCGACGUUUGGAAAAUUUGAGCAUAUGUAUAGCCAGAAGUUACAUGAAGUGCAUUUCGGCUAUGCCGGUAGAGGCCCUGGAUUAAGAAGGAGAUGAAGAUGUUUAGUAAUGGGCAAAAGCAGCUUGGGAUAAGGGUACGCUAGGGUGGAGACUUUGGAUUAUGAGAGUCUAAGCACAAUGCAGUUGGAGGAAUUGCAAUGGCGGCGGCGACGGCUGCUGCUGCUGGCUGCUGCGAUGAUGCUGGGAUGGUGUGGUGGAACAAUGGUGCCAAUGAGUGAUGAUGUACUGGGGCUUAUGGCGUUCAAAGCUGGGCUGAGUGAUCCAACCGGGGCGUUGCAUUCCUGGCGGCAGGAUGAUGCCAGCCCGUGUGCUUGGGUCGGGAUUGUCUGCGAUCGUCUUACGGGCAGGGUAUCCGAGUUAAAUCUUGUCGGGUUAUUCCUUGCUGGUCAGAUUGGGCGAGGCUUAGCGAAGCUGGAUGAGCUUCAGAUUUUAAACCUGUCGUCAAACAACUUUACUGGAAGCAUUGACACAGAAGUCGCAGGGCUACCUAUGCUGCGCAAGCUAAACGUGAGCAACAACCAGCUAAAUGGAGUGAUUACUCCACUGCUCACUAACAACAGCAGCCUCAUGGUCCUCGACCUUUCCAGCAAUGCCUUGACAGGACCCAUGGCAGAGAAGUUCUUCACCACUUGUCAGAGCCUUGUGUCUCUUUACCUGGGUGGAAAUCUUCUCAAUGGCCCUAUUCCUCCGUCCAUCAUCUCAUGCACCCAGCUCACAGAUCUGAGCUUGUCGCAUAAUUUAUUUUCAGGAGAAAUUCCGGGUGGAUUUGGACAGUUAAAGAGUUUAGUAAAUAUCGACUUCUCUCAUAAUUUGCUGACCGGGACCAUACCUGCUGAACUUGGAGCACUGAAAAGCCUCACAAGUUUAAGUCUGAUGGACAACAAGCUGACUGGAAGUAUUCCUGGACAGUUGAGCAAUUGCGUAAGUAUAUUGGCCAUGGAUGUGAGCCAGAACAGCUUAUCUGGGGUUUUGCCACCUGAUCUUCAGAGCUUGACUUCGUUGGCCCUAUUCAAUGGUCGUAACAACAUGAUUUCCGGUGAUUUCCCAACUUGGCUGGGAUCCUUAAAUAGGCUCCAGGUGCUAGACUUUGCCAAUAACAGGUUCACAGGCGCAGUGCCGAAAUCGCUUGGACAAUUGCAGGUACUGCAAGUGCUGGACUUGUCUGGAAAUCUUCUGUUGGGUAACAUUCCAGUGGAAAUCGGCACCUGUACCCGCCUUCAAAGCUUGGAUCUAAGCAACAACAAUCUCAUAGGUUCCAUACCACCGGAGCUGCUAGUCCUCAAUGUGCAGUUUCUCGAUUUUGCAGGCAACUCACUCACAGGAAAUUUUCCGUCUGUUGGACCUGGGGCAUGUCCUUUCCUUCAGUUUCUGGACAUUUCUCAGAACAAGUUGGAAGGUCCGCUUUUGCCUCAGCUUGGACAGUGCUCUAAUCUGGUAGCUGUGAACUUCUCAGGAAAUGGUUUCUCCUCCGCUAUACCAGCAGAGCUUGGAAACUUACCGUCCCUGACGUUGCUAGAUCUUAGCAACAACGUACUGGAUGGGAAUAUUCCGCCUAGCUUGGGCACCGUCACUCGUCUUACUGUGCUGGAUUUGCACCACAACAGACUUGGUGGAGAGAUUCCAACUCAGAUUGGCAGCUGCUUAGCCCUGGCUAACUUGAAUUUGGCUGAGAACAAACUAAGUGGCCCUAUUCCAGAGUCUCUGACCAAUCUCACCAGCCUUGCAUUUCUGGACUUGUCAUCCAACAACUUGACGGGUACCAUUCCCCAAGGCUUCGAGAAGAUGAAGUCUUUGCAGAAGGUGAAUAUAUCCUUCAACCACCUCACUGGUCCCAUACCCACCAGCGGAGCAUUUUCGAAUCCAAGUGAGGUCUUAGGAAACUCAGGCUUGUGUGGCACUUUGAUCGGUGUGGCAUGUUCUCCGGGCGCUCCGAAGCCCAUCGUGUUGAAUCCAAACAGCACAGCCCUCGUUCAAGUGAAGAGAGAAAUCGUGCUCAGCAUCUCUGCUAUAAUCGCUAUCUCCGCAGCAGCCGUCAUCGCCGUGGGGGUGAUUCUCGUCACCGUACUCAACAUCCGGUCUCAGACCAGAGCGCGUCGUAACGCCAGGAGAGGGAUGGAAAGUGUGUCCCAGUCACCCAGCAACAAGCAUUUUUCUGAGGGAAGCCUGGUGUUUUACAAGGGACCACAGAAAAUAACCAACCAAAACUGGCCAGUAGGGAGCGUGCAAGGGCUUACAAACAAGCAAGACGAAAUUGGACGCGGUGGCUUCGGUACAGUCUACCGAGCUGUUCUCCCUAAAGGCAACACCGUGGCAGUGAAGAAACUACUUGUCGCAAGCCUCGUCAAAACGCAGGAGGAGUUCGAGCGGGAGGUCAAUCCUUUGGGGAAAAUCAGCCAUCGAAACCUGGUCACACUUCAAGGCUACUACUGGACCCCCCAGCUGCAACUCCUCCUUUACGAUUACGUCCCAAACGGCAACCUUUACCGCCGCUUGCACGAGAGACGAGAUGUAGAGCCACCUCUCCAAUGGGAUGACAGGUUCAAGAUCGCGCUCGGUACUGCCCUUGGCCUGGGCCACCUCCACCACGGCUGCCAACCUCAGGUCAUCCACUACGACCUCAAAUCGACCAACAUCCUGCUCUCCCACAACAACGAGGCCCACAUCUCCGACUACGGCUUAGCAAGACUACUACCAACUCUAGACAGGUAUAUCCUAGGCUCUAAGUUCCAGAGUGCACUGGGUUACAUGGCACCGGAGUUCUCAUGCCCCAGCUUGCGAAUCACUGAGAAAUGUGAUGUCUAUGGAUUUGGCGUGUUACUUCUGGAGCUUGUGACGGGGCGUCGUCCAGUUGAGUAUAUGGAAGACGAUGUGGUGAUCCUGUGUGACCAUGUGAGGGCGUUGCUGGAGGGGGGUCGUCCCCUUACUUGCGUUGACAGCACCAUGUUGCCAUAUCCAGAGGAUGAAGUACUCCCCGUCAUCAAGCUCGCCCUCAUUUGCACCUCUCAUGUGCCCUCCAACCGACCAGCUAUGGAGGAAGUAGUUCAGAUUCUGGAGCUCAUUCGGCCCAUCCCCAUUCUCCCAGACUCUCCCUGAGAAAAAACAGAAACUUGGACAUGGUUUCAGUGAAUUCAUGCAUCAUUCACGAGGCUCCUAUAAACAGGUUACUGAAAUAGCAACGAAUAAUUUUUGGCAACCUUAGCUUACACCUCUCUAUUCCAGCGUUGAGAUGGGUUUUUUCAAUGUAGUGACUGAUCCGUCAGCGGGCGGCAUAAAAGCGUCAGGAUUGUUGGGGUUUUGGUGACAUGGUUCGUGACAGAGUAGUCCCCAGAACGACCAUUGUGUUACUUUGUGUGUGUAUUUUCAUCUUUUUUUCUUCAUGGGAACAAAUAGAAUCAAAUUCUACUGCAAGAGAUUACUGCAAGAUCUACUGUAAGUAGUGUUGUUGCUACUCUAAUCAAGGGCUUGAAUUAGCUGGAACUUAGUUGCUUGUUAGAGUAGUAGGAGUGUUAAUGUUGUUUAUAUUUUAUGAGUAUUUCAUGCCAAUUUAUUUGAA